AUAUAUAUUUUAUUUUUACCAAUUUCCACAUGAAAAACCGUGUGAUGCCGUCUUAAGUGACAGCGCUCUCUUCCGCAGUGCCCCGACUGUGUCUCGUCUCUGUGACUAAUAAUAACACACACACUGGUGAUGGAUGUUAAACCAGGCGGGCUGGGUGACAGCAGGUCCAGCAUUAUGCAAAUUAGCGGGCUAGUGCAGCGGCAGCGCCGGGCAGAUUAGGACUGUGCUCAGGAUCAGUGAGCCACCGCUCCCUGCUCCUGCAAGAGCAACUAGUGCCGCUGUUUUCACACGCGGCUCACUCCCUGCGUUUGCCUCGGCACGGUUUCCAUAGGCAUACUGAACAUGUGUUUUAAUCAUAUUAAUUCGUAUUUAUAAUUUAUAUUAUGUAUUCACUGUAGACUGCAUUACAUGGCUCUGAGCGGGCACACGCACUGUCGCGCAGCGCGCUCGCAAAACCCCUCCCCCAUCAGUUAGUUAAACCAGCGCUAUACCAAAGCUUACUCACUGUUAAAAAAUAAAACUCUGACCCCUGAUAAUAACCUAUAAUAAAACUCUGUAAAGACUGUCUUUCCCACUGUCUAUCGGCACAGAGCCGCUGCUGCCGUCCGUGUGCUAUAAUGUAGACGCUGUGCUGCUAUGCUUGGUUUGGGGUUUAGAGAAACCGAGCUGUAAGUAGGUCGGGCUGGGUUUAAGCGGCUUAGCUACGUCAGCCUAAGCUGGAAGGAAUUCAUCCAAAGCCCUCCGCGGUAGGCGGGGGCCUAAACGAGGCUGGCCUAGUUAAGCCUGAUUCUUAUUGUGUGCAGCACAGCCUGUUUUUGUUGUGCAACGUGGCUGAGAGGGAACCUAGGAGUAGUGCAUGAUUCCAUGCACAUGUUAGACAAUUAAGAAGAAGAACUGAAGGAAAAUAAGAAAUAUAUGGGAGUAAGACCAGUGUUAGCUUUAUCACCGUGGACCAAGAGAAGCCAGCCACAGGGACAAAAAAAGAGUGAGGAGCCUUAGUAUUGAGCGUGGUUGCUGAACGGUGACAGCCAUAGGCCUGACUUGGUCUGUGUGAGUCCGCUUGCUAUAAGAUGGCUUCUAGCUCUGUGUUUCUGUCCAGUAUGGUGGGUAAAGCUCGAUCCUCCAACUUUACCCUCUCUGAGAAGCUAGACCUGUUGGGGCUGGUCAGUCCUCACAUCCGCAUCCUGGAGGAGCACACCAACAAACAUGCGGUCAUCGUGGACAAGAACAAGUGCUGGGACACUGUGGCUGAGCAAUACAAUGCCUUGGGAGGGGACAGACCCCAUCGCACCGCACAGGGCCUCAGGACCCUCUACAAGAGACUGAAGGAGUCAGCCAAGCAGGAAGUGAUGCAGCGGAGACACGCCCAGCCAGAGUACAGAGCGAGCUUCUCCGAGCCAACCAGGAGAAUUAUGGAGAUGAUCCCUCACCUGUUUCACCAUGUGCCCAUUCAUGAAAAGGACCAGGCACUGCGCAGAUUAAUAUACAGCAAGCACAACUCUCCUGUCGAACAUCCUGGCAGCAGCUCCUCUCUGGCUGGACUACAGGACUACUCAGCAGCUGUCCCAAGUAUCCCACAUGAGGUGGUCCAACUGGACCCUGAAGAGGAUGUUAAACCACCGCCAGACCUUCCCAUCCUCUCCACACGCACAGAGCCAGGGCUGGACAGAAACCAGGAGCAGGACGCGGAGCAGGACUUGGGCAGCGUCCACGAUUAUGAAGCAUCCUUGUCCCCUGUCCCUUCCUCCGUUAAUAUUCCUCUCUCCAACUCGCCGCUGCCCUUAGGCCACGACCUCUACCCAAACGACAUCUACCCUCACCACGAGCCCGAAAGGUUUCGCCCUCUACAUCUAGCCAAAGAGGAGCAUGAGAUGGUGUUAGCCAAUCACAGGAAGGUUGCCAUGUACCUAGAGGAGAAGAGGGAGGGGCUGAAGAGGAAACAGGACCUGGAGGAAGAACUUCUGAGAGCCAAGAUCAAAGUGGAGAAACUUAAGGCUGCUCGACUGAGACACGGACUUCCAAUUCCUCUAUAACGUGCAUGAAUACGCACAUUGGUGUCUAGUGCUAGAAAGGGAGAGGCUCUGAGGAGAAAAGCUGAAGAGCAAUCGCACUCGUCAGUUUCAUCAUGUUUGAGAGCUGUUUCAGAACUUGAAUUUCUUUUUGAAACAUAGUGCCUCGUAAAGACACUGAAAGCCUGUUUGCAUAUUGCAGGAUUGUGUUGCCAUCAAUCUGUGUUUAUGCUUGUCGGUGUUAAAAAUGUAUCAACAUCAUUACUAUUGCAGUUAUUGACACAAGCGGCAACAUAACUUGUAAAUGCUCACAUUACAAACACUGUGAAAGGCCAAAAUAGGUUAAUUAAUGUGAACGUCCAGGUUUUGGAAGGGAAUAUUAGUAGAAUGGAUCGUACCAUGAUGGUGGUAUUACUGCCUAAAUCUGCCACCAAUAUGUAUCUGUGAAUUUUAACGCAAUGUUUAUGAUUUUGUUAGACAUAUUAUGGAGACAGCAUUUACUGUCAUAUUAAUAUGCUGGUGUGUCACAAGUGUAAGACUGCCCAGAUCAGGGGGGUUGUUUAGCGCUCUGUUCAUUCUUUGUAAAGAAAAUUUCCACUUAAAUUGGACAUCUGUAA